CACAAAAUACGAUUGUGUAAAUACGGGAUAACCUAUAUUGAAUGACUUCAACAAAUAGCUCGCUUGCCGCUGCCCAAAAGACACUUUUGUUAGCCAAACAUCGUUGAACAAGUGUUGUUAUUGCAGUGCGAAAAUGUCUGCAAGGACCACAGCAAAGUACGUGGAGGAAAAGGACCGUACUUGUCGACGACAGGAACAUCUUUGCUUGCAGCCGAAUGUUGUGUUGUGCAGGGCAGACAUCAGUGAAGCUAUUCGUCCUAAGCAGCAGGAGCCAGAGCACACGUGCAUCAAAGAGGAAGAUGUGCGCAAAGAGGUCCACCACAUGAAUGAACAAAUAGUGCAGAAGUUUCUUUGCACCAUAAAAGAGGAGGAAGAGCCGGAGCGGCCUUGUAUUAAAGAGGAGGAUGUGGGCAAAGAGGUCCACCACUUGAAUGAACAAAUGGUGCACACGUUUCUUUGCACCAUAAAAGAGGAGGAAGAGCCGGAGCGGCCUUGUAUUAAAGAGGAGGAUGUGGGCAAAGAGGUCCACCACUUGAAUGAACAAAUGGUGCACACGUUUCUUUGCAACAUAAAAGAGGAGGAAGAGCCGGAGCGACUUUGUAUUAAAGAGGGAGAAGACUCCUGUGACAUUAAAGAGGAGGAGGAUACCUUCAAGAUGCUAUCGAUUGGUGUUCCUGUGAAGAGUUUAGAUGAGGGUCAACAUGAGGUGAGCAAAGGGGCGGAGCCUCCAAGCUGCAGCUCAAGUCAACAAAUGACUCGAGAAGAUGAUGGAGACCACUGUGGAGGAUCAGAAGCAGCUCAGCCAUCAGAUAGUGAUGAUGUGACAAAAAAACUUUCCUGCUCAGAUUGUGGCCGAAAAUUUGCUCAGAGGGGACAUUUAAAAAGUCACACAAGAACCCACACUGGUGAGAAACCCUUUUCAUGCUCAGUUUGUGGCCAAAGAUUCACUCGGAAGGGAACUCUAACACUUCAUACAAGAACCCAUACUGGUGAGAAACCCUUUUCAUGCUCAGUUUGUGGGAAAGAAUUCUCUGGGGGGGGCGCUUUAAAAAGGCACACAAGAAUUCACACUGGCGAGAAACCUCAUUCAUGCUCAGUUUGUGGCAAAACAUUUUCAGUGAAGAGAAACUUAGAAAUUCAUACAAGAACCCACACUGGUGAGAAACCCUAUUCAUGCUCAGUUUGUAACCAAAAGUUCUCAGUGAAGAAAAGUCUAACACUUCAUACAAGAACCCACACUGGUGAGAAACCCUUUUCAUGCUCAGUUUGUGGGAAAAAAUUCUCGGGGGGGGGCGCUUUAAAAAGGCACAGAAGAAUUCACACUGGCGAGAAACCUCAUUCAUGCUCAGUUUGCGGCAAAACAUUUUCAGUGAAGAGAAACUUAGAAAUCCAUACAAGAACCCACACUGGUGAGAAACCUUUUUCAUGCUCAGUUUGUGGCAAAACAUUUUCAGUGAAGACAAACUUAGAAAUUCAUACAAGAACCCACACUGGCGAGAAACCCUAUUCAUGCUCAGUUUGUAACCAAACGUUCUCACUGAAGAAAAGUCUAACAUUUCAUACAAGAACCCACGUUGGUGAGAAACCCUAUUCAUGCUCAGAUUGUGGCCAAAAAUUUGCUCGGAGGGAACAUUUAAAAUGUCACAUAAGAACCCACACUGGUGAGAAACCUUUUUCAUGCUCGAUUUGUGGCAAAAAAUUCAAUCAGAGUGGAAAUUUAACUGCGCACACAAGAAUCCACACUGGCGAGAAACCUUAUUCAUGCUCAGUUUGUGGCAAAAACUUUGCAGUGAAGACAGCUCUAACACUUCACACAAGAAUCCACACUGGCGAGAAACCUUUUUCAUGUUCAGAUUGUGGCCAAGAAUUUGCUCGGAGGCAACAUUUAGAACGUCACACAAGAACCCACACUGGCGAGAAACCUUUUUCGUGCUCAGUUUGUGGCCGAAAAUUCGCUGAGAGGGUAAGUUUAAUCAGGCACACAGGAGCCCACACCUAACCCUGUUGCCUGCUCAGUCACUUGUCAAAGAGUCUCGAUUGAGAAUUCUGAGUGUCUCUGGGAGAUGAGCAAUGAUGUAUGAAGUUCUCACCUCCUA